GGAGCGGCGGGGCUGCCGCGGCUCGCUGUGCCCCGGCAUCGCUGCCGGAGCUCCAACCCCUCUCCCGGAGCUCCUUCCUCACUCCGUCUGUCUGUCCGCCCUGCUGGAAGCUCUCCGCAGCUCCCCGGGCCAGGAGAGGUUGGAGGAGAGGCGGACGGAGGCGCUGCGAGGAAGAGGAGGGCCGGGAUGAAAUUCAUCGCUGCUUGUUACGUGCUGCCUCUCUUUCCUGCUCUGGUCCUUGGCACUAGACAGGGCUAUGAAGAACUGGAAAGACAGCUGAAGGAAGUCUUUAAGGAGAGGAGCAACCUACUUCAACAACUGUUAAAGACUUCUAAAGAACUUCAGGGAAUUAAAGUCAACCUCCAGUCUUUAAAAAAUGAUGAAGCAUCCACCAAAAGUGAUGUGCAGAAACUUCUGGAACUGGGCCAGAACCAAAGGGAAGUGAAAUCUCUCCAGGAAGCUUUUCAAAAGCAGCUUAAUGAGGCAGCUGAGAAAGCAGAGAAGCAGCAGGCCACCAUUAACUUUUUGAAGACUGAAAUGGAAAGGAAGAGCAAAAUGAUCCGAGACCUCCAGAACGAGAACAAAAGCCUCAAAAACAAGCUCUUGUCAGGAAACAAGCUUUGUGGCAUGCAUGCAGAAGAGUCAAAAAAGAUUCAAGCCCAGCUGAAAGAGCUUCGUUAUGGGAAAAAGGAUUUGAUUUUUAAGGCACAACAGCUCACAGAUCUGGAGCAAAAACUGUCAGUUGCAAAAGACAAAUUGGAAAACGCAGCCCUUGACAAAGAGUCCCAGCUGAAAGCCCUGAAGGAGACUGUGCAGCUCUGCCUGUCCUCUGUUCUGCGCAGCCAGCCUGCCACCGCCAACCUCGUCUCCUCCAAACCAGCUGGGAGGCUGACCUCCCCCAGUGCAAAGGGCUCCAAAGUUCUACUGCAAGGGACAAGCACCAAGGUCUGGCAAAACGCCUCAGCAGAGAAAGAGAAUUUUCAUGUGGCCUUGAAAAAGGAAGAAAAUCAAAGCACCCAGGAGUGUGACUCUCAAGAUGUUGCCAAGACAUGUUUGGGGAAUCGUAAUGACUCAACAUCUCAUUUGAAGGCUGCAGAAACAGGCACAAGCUUUCAGAAGUUUCACAGCCCUCCAUGGACUACACCUGAAGAUAAAAAAUCACCUGAAAAAAAGGAGAAAAAAUACGAAGAAUCAGUUAGUUCACCAGGAAAAAACCUCUAAAUGCUACUGAUCUACAUUGAAAACUGCCAAUCACUUCAUCCUCAUGUUCUGUUAGCACAAAGGCAUGAAAUGUCCCAGGUUUCUAAAGCAUGGAUUUUUCACUAUUUUAUGAAUGUCUGUAAAUUAGUCUAGAACAGACCAGUUAGUACCUUACAGCAAUAAUCCAAAAUGGAUGUUUGAAGAAAUGCUUUGUAAUGCAGUCCAGGUUUUGAAUUCUUGUUCUACCUUUAUCAGUAAUUGUAUACUGUAAAUUACCUUCUUUGUAAACAACAGUCAUUCUCAAGUCUGUUUCUCAGUCUGUUUUAUUUCAUGUAGUUUUGUGGCAGAUUAGGUUCUAAUAUUUAGGGGCAGGGGGGGAAGAUAGCUGUGUAACCACAUCUGAAGUACAGUCCUAAAGUGCAACUGUAAAAAGAGAACUGUGUGCAUGGGGGUCCAUGUAUACUUCCCUUUUAGUACUUCCAUCUCAAAUCUACUUACUUACACAAUAAAAUAUGUUUAUUUUGUUCCUUUUUUCCCUCA